CCUCCAGAGAUCAGCUGACUGGAGAAGAGUGCAGCUGAAGGGAAAGAAGCCACUCUGUAACAACAACCUUAAGAACAGCACGAGUUCUUUCUUUUAAAGAUCAGAAAUUAUUAUUAUUAUUAACAUAACGCAGUAUGGUUUAUUAAAGUGCGGCUCUAAUCUAAAUGACGGUAUGUACAUCUAAAGAAAUAUCAACUCAGACCCAUGCAGAUGUGCAUUUGAACGUACCGUGGUUUGGUGUAGCGUCUGAAGAGGAGUCAUGGCAGAGUUCUGGUUGAUAUCCGCUCCCGGUGAGAAGACGUGUCAGCAGACAUGGGACAGGAUGAAUGCAGCCACCACUCACGCCAACAAUCUGUCCACCAACAACAAGUUCACCAUUCCAGACCUCAAGGUAGGAACCCUGGAUGUGCUUGUAGGUCUGUCAGAUGAGCUCGGCAAACUGGACUCAUUUGUGGAAAGUGUGGUGAAGAAAGUAGCCCACUACAUGGCUGACGUUUUAGAGGAUAGCAGAGAUAAAGUCCUGGAAAAUCUUUUAGCCAACGGAAUUGAUUUGGUGACCUACGUCACAAGGUUCCAGUGGGAUAUGGCCAAGUAUCCGAUCAAACAGUCCCCGAAGAAUAUCUCAGAAAUCAUCUCGAAGCAAGUGACUCAGAUAGAUAACGAUCUGAAAGCCAGAGCUUCAGCUUACAACAAUAUAAAAGGCAACCUGCAGAGCCUGGAGAGAAAGAAUGCGGGGAGUCUUCUGACAAGGAGUUUGGCUGACCUGGUGAAGAAAGAGGAUUUCGUGCUGGACUCUGAAUAUCUUACUACUCUGCUUGUAGUCGUUCCAAAAACAGGUUAUGCUGACUGGGAGAAGUCGUAUGAAACCCUCUCUGAAAUGGUGGUUCCACGAUCUUCAACUCUGCUUUUUGAAGACCAGGACAGCGGGCUCUUCAAUGUCACGCUCUUUCAAAAGGCGAUAGAUGACUUCAGACUCAAGGCCAGGGAAAAUAAGUUCAUUGUGCGUGACUUCCAGUACAACGAAGAUGAGCUGAAGGCCGACAAAGAGGAGAUGACUCGGCUUUCUUCAGACAAGAAGAAGCAGUUUGGCCCACUGGUACGAUGGCUGAAGGUGAAUUUUAGUGAAACAUUCAUCGCGUGGAUCCACAUCAAGGCUCUCCGGGUUUUUACCGAAUCAGUUUUGAGGUAUGGAUUGCCAGUCAACUUCCAGGCUAUGCUUUUGCAGCCCAAUAAGAAAAACACGAAAAAGCUGCGGGAGGCCCUUCAUGAGCUGUACAAGCAUCUGGACAGCAGUGGUGUCAUUAUUGACGCCCCCAUGGAUAUACCUGGUCUGAACCUGAGCCAGCAGGAAUAUUACCCGUAUGUUUAUUACAAGAUCGACUGUAGUCUUAUUGAUUUUAAAUAAUUAAAAAAAAACAAAAAAAAACCUCCAACAUGUUUGAAUUCACAACACUGGGAAAUUCAUGUUCAAGGGAAUGAUUCAGAAGUUUUGAGUUAAGUUUGACUGAGGUUUAAAUAGAGGUUUAAUUUAGUAAUUUUAUACAACAAUGCAAGGUUUAGUUGGUGCUAUCAAUAUUAAAGUCUUAAUACGGUGUCUAUAUAAGUGAUGCCUUUCUCUUUAAAUGCCACAUUGCCAACUCAGCUUUAACAAUGUCAAUCAUUUUUGAAAACUUGUUUUUGAACGUUCUUUAUGGUUUAGGAAAUAACUAAAUACUGUGGGGGGAAAAAAAAUCCUUUGACUCAAAAGUACUAAACCAUAAUCCUUUAAUUUAUUAAUCAUACAGUAUUUUCUCUUUGUUCACUGUACUGUACCUUUCCUACCAUGCAUCACGUAAUCAAAUGAUAAUUAUUGAGUACAGUGUUUUAACCGUGUUCUUGCUUGUGUGCUUGUAUGGUACACAUUUUUACACCGAUUAUUAUUAUUAUUUUUUUUUUACGAUCUCAGCUUUACCAGUAAUGCCAUAUCUUUUGUCUACACAGAAUUCCACAAUUCUAUGUAAAAGGUGUUGUUUUGGUCCGGCUUUAAGUCAUUUUUAUGGAUAUUUGCGAUUUCUGCUUGAUCCACACACUGAAAAGUAUGUUUAUAGAGUUAGUCAUUGUGGUUGUGUUUCAUUUUAUUGUUGGGAGAUUUACUGUAUUUGUCAUUUUUGAGAUUUGCCACUGGAUGAAAAUGUGAUUGUUAAUGAUAUUAUUUAGUGAAAAACCAAUAAAUGUGUAUAAACCUA